AUGCCGGCAACCCGCAGUGCGAUCCAGAGCGUCGUGGAGGCAUAUGUCUCCAGCGUCGCACCAACCACGUUGGCCUUUGGCUUUUUGACCCUGGUGCCGUGGAGCUUGCAGGAAAAGCCGGCCAACGUGCUGGCAUGUGGAGCAGGCGGAAGUGUGAGUUCGGAAAGCAUCGCUCAGAUAGUGGAGCAUCACGACGUCUUGUUGAUCGUAUCCGUAUACAGGACGGAGUGGGAGAAGAGAGGCGUGGCAGGUCUUCUAGACUAUCUGAGGACGGCGCAUUCCGACGCGGUCGUCUUCUUGGUGCAGCUUCCAGAUCGAUUGGAUACCGAGCUCACCAAGGCCUACAUCAGUGAACUGAUGGCGCGGCAGGACGAUCUCUACAGCUUUGGGGCGGACGGCGUGCUGAUAGAGCUGACAGGUGACCCGGAAGGGUUGCAACAGAGGUUAAGCUUGGAGCUCAGAGAGAACGCCGCCAUCCAGCCGCGCGUGCAGGCAUUUGCUAACGAUGCGAACCAGGGGGUACCCUCUGCCAGGGAUCUCAAAAUCAUCGAGGACGAGUUCCGUGGUCUCCUCUGGAGUACCAUCCCGAAUCUGUUGAUGCCCGACUUCGCGCCACUGAACAAGCGUCUCCUGGAAUGUGGGAAUCAGGUCGGGGAUUUCCGGUUUGUGCGCCCGUAUUCGGAUCACCACCACGUGGUCUUGGCCGUGAAAGGACAGCAUGAAAAGGUAGUGAUCAAAGUGCACGACAAGCGCAGCGUCACCGAUGCCAAGGAGGUGGAAAGCAUAUACCAGGAGUUCUGCCUCUUGACGCACACCCUGGACCACCCACACAUCAUCCGUUGCGUAGGUAUGCUGCAGAGCCAGUGUUAUUUGUAUGUGGCUCUCCAGUAUGGUGGAGAUGUGUGCAUGGAGCAAAUGUUGUCGACUCAAAGAGGCCACCGCUUGUCCAGGGACGACGCCUUGAACUGCAGUGCCCAGGUUGCGAGUGCGCUGUCGUACUGCCACGCCCAUGACGUCGUGCAUGGGCAAGUGUCUUUGAGGCACGUGGCGGUAGAGAUAGCAUGUAAUCGGCACAUCUGCCGCCUUGUGGACUUCAGCAUGGCGGCCCACGUUCCAAACUCCUACAGAAGGGAGACCUGGUGUGGAUCUCUGCCAUGCGUCGCUCCAGAGACGGUGCUGAACGAGCCGUAUUUGCCCAAGCCAGCAGAUUGCUGGAGUUUUGGGGUGUUGUUCCUGGAGAUCGCUUGCGGGCAGGGUUCGCUCGAGUUGUCCGUCCAGUGGCGCCGUGGCGAGUCCCUCGCAUACGUUGCGGGGAACAUUCUCGAGUUCUUCUCCCAGGCUGGCUGUCACACCGACGCGAUGACGAAGAUGGGUAACGCACCUGACGGCAUAAUACUGGCGUGCUUGGAGGCGGCGUUGAAGCCAGAGCCCGUUCGCAGAGCGAGUGCGUCCGACAUGGUGGGCAUGUUAUCCAUUGUGCACACCGAGCAAACCAGCUUUGAUUGA